GCCCGGCCGACCGGCUGGCCAAUGGGGUGUGUGUGUGGCGGCGUCUCCAUAGUGACGGGGCUGGUCCCGGGAGGCUGUGAUGGGUUGACAGGUGCGUGACAGUCGGAGCUCUCCGCAGGCAUGUACGGCAAAGGCAAGAGCAACAGCAGCGUCCCGUCCGACAGCCAGGCCCGGGAGAAAUUAGCACUGUAUGUAUAUGAGUAUCUGCUCCAUGUAGGAGCACAGAAAUCAGCCCAGACAUUUUUAUCAGAGAUAAGAUGGGAAAAAAACAUCACACUGGGGGAGCCCCCAGGAUUCCUGCAUUCCUGGUGGUGUGUAUUUUGGGAUCUGUACUGUGCAGCUCCGGAAAGACGAGAAACAUGUGAACAUUCAAGUGAAGCAAAAGCCUUUCAUGACUAUAGUGCUGCAGCAGCUCCCAGUCCAGUGCUAGGAAACAUUCCCCCAGGAGAUGGCAUGCCAGUAGGUCCUGUACCACCGGGUUUUUUUCAGCCUUUCAUGUCUCCUCGGUACCCUGGAGGUCCAAGGCCACCUUUAAGAAUACCUAAUCAGGCUCUUGGAGGUGUCCCAGGAAGUCAGCCAUUAUUGACUAGUGGGAUGGACCCAACAAGGCAGCAAGGGCAUCCAAACAUGGGUGGGCCAAUGCAGAGAAUGACUCCUCCAAGAGGAAUGGUUCCAUUAGGACCACAGUCUGAUCCUUGGUUAUCAUUGCAGAACUAUGGAGGUGCAAUGAGACCCCCACUGAAUGCUUUAGGUGGCCCAGGGAUGCCUGGAAUGAACAUGGGUCCUGGGGGUGGUAGACCUUGGCCAAACCCAACAAAUGCCAACUCUAUACCGUACUCUUCAGCAUCUCCUGGGAACUAUGUAGGUCCUCCAGGGGGUGGAGGGCCACCAGGAACACCUAUCAUGCCUAGUCCUGCAGAUUCAACCAACUCUGGAGACAACAUGUACACUUUAAUGAAUGCAGUACCACCUGGACCCAACAGACCUAAUUUUCCAAUGGGGCCAGGGUCAGAUGGACCUAUGAGUGGACUGGGUGGAAUGGAUUCACAUCAUAUGAAUGGAUCAUUAGGCUCAGGAGACAUGGACAGUAUUUCCAAAAACUCUCCCAGUAAUAUGAGCAUGAAUAAUCAGCCUGGCACUCCCAGAGAUGAUGGUGAGAUGGGUGGAAACUUCCUCAAUCCUUUUCAGAGUGAGAGCUACUCCCCUAGCAUGACAAUGAGUGUGUGAUCCGUUAACAAGUCUCGCCAUGAAGACCACAUGAGUUGGCCCUCUUCAGAGAGCUACUGCAGAAGAAAAUUAUUCGUCCCAGUGUACAGUUUAACAAAAGGAUCUCAGACACAAUCAGACCCACCUUUAUUUUUUUUUCCUACCAUCUCCCCCGUUUUGUCAAGAAAGUGGGUCCCAAACAUGAUUGAGAUAACCAUAAAGAGUGGCAUUAAGAGAACUGCCCAAGAUGGAACUGCAAACAAUUAUCUGUGUAUGUACAUGUGUGGGUUGAUAUAUAUGUAUGUCUGUGUGAUACAGAAAUACACACAUACAUACAUAGACCUGCAGGACAUUAUAAAAUAAUAUGACAUCUUAACUAGAAAUGAGAAGUAGGGACUUUUAUUUUUUUUUUUUUCCACGUUUACAUUUUAAUUAUUAAAAUUUGCUUUCCCUCUUUCCUCCUGAACUGUUUUAUGUUGCAUAUGUCACUGCUUUAUAAGUUAUUUUUUAUGGUGAACUCAAAUGAUAAAUUCUUCUGAUUUUGUUAAUGUCUGCCAUUAUAGAUAGGAAUAAAAUUGCUUAUAAGAGCUUUCAUUAACUUGUGUUUGAUACCAGUUACCCUGUGAAUUACAAAUUGUACUGUCUCAAGAAAUAGAAGAAAGCUCAACUUAAAUUUUUUUUGAGAAAUUUAAUAAUUUUCACUUAGUUUGGGGAUUUUUUUUUUAUACUUUGCCUUUUAAAAAAGAAGCACUGAGGGUUAUUUUUCUUCUUUAAUUGAAGCCUAAUAUCUGCAAUGUCUAUUUUAAAUGGAAGCCUGAAUUUGAAACAAGAUUCUCAGUUUAUAUAGAGUACUACAAGGUUACUGUAAGUGAGCUCCAAUUGCUAUAGAAUCUAGUAAUAAAACGUCAGGGCUUCUUCUGCCCUUGGUAAUGAGUUUUGUAUUUAGCAUGAUCUUCCAUAGGGGUGAUUGUGCAGUAGAGUCCUUAUCACCAAAACCUUUUCUAACAAUUAUGUUUUCCCAUUUUCACUGAUUCUCAGCCGAUGGUAACAAUCCUACUAUAAACAGCAUUUCCCAAGCCCAUUCAGAAAAUCAGGUCACCCUACUAUUCAGGUGUGUAUUUUUUGUCACAUCAUUACCAGAAAUAAUUCCCUCAAAAUUCUCAGUAAACAGCCUUUUUCUUCCCUUUUUUUUUUUUUUUUUAAUAGCCAAAAUGAUGCAGUAAGCUUUUUAUGACUGGUGGCCUUGUGAGGGUCUCACUUUUGCCAUGAACAGAAGAGAAAAUAUGGUGUGGUCCAUUUUAUAAGGAUGUCAGCCUGUAUCAGACAUGACAGCUGAGGACAGAAUGGAGGAAGGGCUUACAGUCUUAAAGGAAAUGUUACUGAAAGCAAUCCCAUGUCUCUUCAGGCAGAGCUCUAAAACCAAGGUUAUGGCACAUGUAGUUCUCAAUGACUUCCAGCUCCCGCAAGAAAACAAAAGUUUUCAGUUGUGUAGUGAUCAAAAGGUUGAUGAACAGCAAUGAGGCCAGGAAGAGGCUGAAUAAAAGUUCAUGCCACAGACAGAAAACAAAGUCUUCUCCUUGCACUUUGCAUAUAGAAGAGCCACUUACAUCAGAGGAGCAAUUCUGAAAUUUGCUAUAGCUGUGAAGGCUUGCAUGGACUUCUUUUUCAUGAACUUACAAUAAGGAAGGGAAUGUAAUGGACUCCUUGUGAUAGCAGCUGCACACACUGGGGUGUGCAAGGAAUACUACAAUCUCCUAGCUCAUUUUUAUUUACAUAUAUUAUAUAUGUCUAAUAUGAAUAUAAUAUAUAUAUAAUAUAUGAAAAUAAAAAGGUGUAACACUUGUUACUUUCUUAGAUGAAACUCUUGGAGGCUUAAAAUUAUCUUAAAAUAUCAAAGAUUUUGGCAGCAUCACUUUUAAGUGAUAAUAACUACUUUGAUUUGUUGUAAACAUAAACUAGAUAAUCAUUACAUGAUUUUGUGGACUUACUUCCCAGUGAUUAUGAAGGUUGCGUUCAUCUGCUUAUCUUUGUAAAAUACUCUGUUGCUGUCCCAAAAGAUGCUAGAAGCCCCUGCUAUUGAUUUGAAUUACAAAACCACAAAAAUCAGAUCUAAUUUCCUCAGAUCAUUUGCUGUUUUCACUGAUACCACUGAUUUCAGUGGCUGUGUCCCCAGUGCACUGCAGAGUCCAGGUGUCCUUGCAGCCUGCAUUUGACACCUGUAUUAUCCAUGGUAGUACUCCAAGAAGGACUUUUGUGCCCAGCCAGGUGGUCAGUUGCCACUGGACUAAGAUAAAAGGAUACACCUGUACUAUGCAUCAAGUGCCAAAGCCCAUUCAUGCACCAAGUGUGCCCCAGAGUGAGAUCUUACACUGCUGAAUGCAUGUGGGGUCUGUUCCGUAUCUCCGGGAAGCCCCUGUGCUGUCCUGUGCAAGCUGGAGCUCCAGCAGGCAAGCAGUGUGUCCAGUGACCACCUGACAGUAUCACUGAGGGCUCUUUUACAAGACAGAGUAUGUGCCGCUGUAGCGUUAUUAAUCAGAGUAAGGUUUUAGAUUAAUCAGUCUUGAUUUUUUUUUCCUUUCUUUCUGAAUUUUGCUUUGUCUGUAAUAUUUUAGCUUGUAAGCCCCUGUUCAGGAUGAAAGUCUGACCAUUAAAUUAAACCUCUGCAGAGAAGCACCUUAAAUGCAACUGCCAGCACAUAUUGAAUAAAAUUUUAGAAAUAUGUCAUCCUAGUUUAUAUAGAAAACAUCCUUUCAGGCACAUGCGUUUUCUUCUGUGGCUUUUUCAAACUCCUUUCUAUACAAUUUUUCUUACUGCCAUCAUGCCUUUGUUUCCCCUUUCCAUUUCUUUUCCAAACCAUUCAUACAGAUCAAAACAUCUAUAAUACUGUUACACUGAUCCUGCAGUGUUAAUCUGGGUAAAUACAUUCCUGGCUUCAAAAUGAACAGGAUCAGGCCCUGCUUCUUGUAGCCUGUCCUUCUCUGCUAGUUACUAGGUAUGUCCAGCACCUCUCAUCUGUACAUAAUCCCACAGACUGGGGGAACAAAAGAUAUGCAAGCCUGCAAAAUUAUAGAUUUGGAAAACCUCCUUGAAUACUCUUAAUCUCGCAUAUCUUAAUUGCUAGAAUUUUAAUCAGAUAUAAUGAAACCUAAUCAUCUUGCCUUCUGUAGCGGAUGCUUAUACCCAUAUGCUUAUGCACAUAAUUACUUAUAUGUGCAUUGGCAAGCCCAGGUGAUAAUACCAUACAUAGUUUUCUGCAGCUGAACUAUAAGAAAGCAGUCUUAUAUGAUAAAUAUUCAACUUUAAAAAAUAUAGGUGUCCCUUUGGGUGUUGUUUUGUUUCGUUUUGUUUUUUUUUUUCUAAUAUGCAUAGAGCUCUUUGCUUGUUCACUUCUUUCAGUUAUAAAUCAUUGUAGGGUUUGCAACACAUCUAGAGCAUUAAGUGGAAAGACUUAUUUUCAUGCAUUAACUUACUCCCACUUACAUUUCUAAUACAUUAGACACCAGUGUGUAACGUACCUUUUAUUACACAACAGCAUUACUGAUGUCAGAACUUGUCCAGCUCUAGGAGGAAUUCUGUUUUAAGUGAUGCAGGAUAUUUUCUCUACACUUCAUUUUUAUGUAGAUUUCUCUUUAUUAAUACAGUAAUAAAUAGAUCAUCCAUGGUCCUGUAAAAGGUUCUUUUAGGCAAAGUCAGAGUAAGGCUUUUUAAAGACAGAAGUAAUGAAACCUUAGAGUAGGAGAAAUAGGGAGUAAUGGAUGUCUCAUACUGUGAGAAUUCUGGCAAAUAGUCUGUCCUUGUACAAAUCAGCUGAAAUUAGGAUUCACUUGUGAAUUUCACUGUGAAAUUUUAUCUGCAUCAUAAGCCUAUGAAAAGGAGUGUUCUUACCCAGAUUUUAUCUCCGUGUCUAAUUCUUGUGUAGGCAAGAACCAGAUUUAGGGCAAAGAAGCAGCCGUAUGAAUCACAUGUGAAGCAUGUAGCUUGACAUGCACAUUAAAAAAAUACGUGGACAUUUUCAUGCAGGGGUUAUAUUAUUUUCUUAAUGGAAGGAGCAUGAGGAAGAAAUGCAGUUGCACUCUUGUGUUUCCCGUUCCACUGUACAGUGAGUUUGGUGCAUGUAAAAAACAUGGCAAUAACAUUCAAUAACAUUGAGUCUUUGACAUGCUCCCCAGUGACAUAAAUGUGCCUCAAGUAGACUUGAGGGAAUCUCAGAGUGACAGUCCCCAGAUCAGAGGAUCGUCCCAUCAGCCUGUGGCUGAGGCCAGAUUUGCCAUUUUUUGUUUGGAAGCCCUUCUGAUUGCAGAGCCCAGACCAGCACUGGAUCACACACUCAGAGAUGGCAACAGCUUUCAGACUUAACCAGCCUGCUUGCCUCAAUGUAGAAUGAAAUGCCCCAUGUCCAAAGAUAUCCAGCUGUUGUUUUCCCUUGCAGUGGAAAUACGCAGGCUGUUUAUUUAUUUAUUUCAACUAAUUCAAACUAAGAAGAAGGGAACAGUCUUGCUUCUUUAUGUAUAGCAAUUCAUGUAUCAAAAGGACAGCUUCUUGAACUGGCUAGAAAUCAUUUGAAUUUUCCCCUGUUCUGUGGCUUGCAAAUGAAAUACUGCCUGUAAAGAUGAUUUGGAAUUAGAUGGGUAAUUUAAUGAGCUGUUCCAGUAUUCAGUGUUGAACAUUUUACUCUUCUUUUUCCCUUUGCCAGUCAAAAUGAAUUUUCAGCUGGUACAUGUUGCAGCAUUUCUAUUUCUCAGCUCAGUUAAUUAUUUUUAAGUGUAAUCUCCUGUUCCUAGUCAGCUUUGAUUCUUCUUUGUUGUGGUGGCUAAAUAAGGACUGGAGUCUUCCAAGAUCUGACCUUACACAUUUGCAUUUUGAGAACGUAAAAUGGAGCUUAACAAUGAAAAAGAAAAAAGAGAUUAGUGCAGGUAAAUUUAUUUUUCUUUCAUUCACUGUAAGUGAUGAAAUGCCGUGGCUCCUGUUCCAAACCCACUUGGGUUUGGUCAGGCCCAAAGGAUGAGAAUCCUGACAAAAGCACAUAUUCCAAAUAAAACUCAAAAAUACUCUUCCAACAGUGACAGUUUAUUUCUCUUCAGAGUGAUCACAAGGAUCUAAUUCAGGCUUUAAUGAUAUGAAACAACUGUAAAGAUUCAGUGCACUCAGAAAUGAAUGAGUUAGAUUUAAAUGUUACUGUGUGCGGCUUCCUCUACUUUCCUGACAACCUUGUAAGCUGCUGCUUAUGCCAACUGUCCUGCUGAAAUAGAUGAAACCACUCAUGUAAGGACAUUUUUUUGGUAGGAUUUCACCCUGAUCUUGAUGAAAUAUGUAAUUUAUCCAAGGUGUGACAUUUGGCAGAUGUAUAAACUGCAUACACAAAGCAAAAUAUAGGGGGUCUGUUGAAAUUAUGAAAUUGAUGUCUCAACCUGAAAAAAAAAACCAACCAAAACCAAGAAAAGGCCCUUAUCUGAAACACUGCUUUGAGUGCAUGCAUGCAUAUUGUCUGCCAGUGUUGUUAUCUUGGGAAGAAAAAAACCAAAACAAAACAGUAACAAAUCAUCUGUUCAGCACAUUGAAACUGAUCCUGAAAACAUGGGCAGAUUUGUUUGAAAUUAAGCCUGCACUUGGUUAAUUUCAACUAGAUUUCAGAAUACAGGCAGUAUCCUUCAGGAAAGUGGGACUGCUAAUAUGCUAUAACCAUACUUGAGCAUGAACAGUCUAGAAGCUCAAAUUUAGUCUUCCCUAAGCAGACAUUAUUUUAAAGAUUCUACCAAUGCAGGGCCAUGUUUAUGUAUUGGUAGUACUGAUAUGCAGAACAGAUUUGGCUUUCUUCUGUUUCUUAUUUUAUUACAGCGUUGCUCACUACUACAUGAGUUAUUUUUGUGAACUUGUCCUUCCAUCUUGUUUUCAUUUGUGCAGCCAUAGUUUCCCUCAACAUAGCUAACAGCUUUGCAAUUUUAGUCCAAACUUCUGUUUGGUCAGUGUUCUUUCAAUUUAAGCUUAAAAUGUGUAAGAAAGCCUCUCAUGUAAUGGGAAAACUUGCCAUAAAAAUGUAUAAGGGUUUUCUUGGGUACAUGUUUUCACAUUUAAUAAAAAUGCAAUUUUCAGUUAUAAUUUGAAAUGGUCACUUUAUAGCCACUAUUUAAUUUUUAUGUGAAAAAGAAACUGAGGAAAAAAACCCCAAACCUUUUAUUUAUUUGAAUUCAGCAUCAUAAAUAUAUGUUGAAAGAUGUGGGUUUGGGAAAAACAGAUCAAAACAAAAUUUACUGCCUAGUUACAGCUGGGCUUUUAUGUUGAAAGCUCCUUCCACACCCUCAAAAGUGGAUUGCUUAAUGUAUGAUUUUGUAAGAGCCCAAUUCACAAAUGUAAUUUUGUCUAUUGCGUGUUUUCACAGUAUCUUGUGGGGGAUUAAGGGUGCCCCUUAGCUGUGCAGGGUUCUGUGGUUGUAUCUCUCAGAAGAGUAACCGAGUGGUCAAGCAGGCUUGUUCACAGGGUCUAGUAAUUAAGGACUGGCAAUUAAUAUCCACCAGAUUUGUGCUCAGAAACAAGGUAUUCGUACGCUACCUCGCUGUUCUCUUGAGAACUUGGGACAAUUCUUCUUGCAGUUAGGUAUGGGGAUCCUUCAAGACUUUACAAUGCUGAGACAAGAAGAAUAAUUUUGCUUAGAGAAAACUCUGGCAGUUUAGCACCAGUUUUCAUAGAGAAUCAGCACAAAACAUGGGGAUUUUUGAAAGGUGAUGCCUUUUCUCAAUACCCUGGGUGUACCAGGAAAUAGACCAUACAAUUUAGAAGUUUGGUCUGUUACAGAGAUAUAUACAGUUCCUCAGAUUAGGAGGGAAUUAUAAUAAUAACCAUGGCCAAACCUAUGUUUGUCCCUAUAGAGUGAAAUCAUCAGCAAUCGCUUUUGAUGGGAAGAAUUAUUGCUAUGGAACAACUGCUCCAAUCCUUCAGGAGCCAAAUUAUCAACUGGAUAUUUGUAGGUUUCAUUUCUGUUUCAUCUUCAUGGUUUUUUCUCUCUUAUUUGGAUUUUCCUAUUAAAUGUACUGUCCCAGAUCUCUGCACAAAAAUAAGAUCCAAUAAAAGUACAGAAAGUUAUUCAAAUCUCUAGCUAAAGCCCUACUACAGAGAGUUUAUUUCAUUAGAGACAUUGAGCAUAACAAGAAAUGUGGAGUGGCAGUGCAGCAUCCUGAGAGCUCUUACUGUUCAGGAUUAGGAAAGCUAGCCUCUCACAGACUCACAUAAGGCAAGAUGAUUUCUAGCAAUGGCAUAUAGUAGCUUGAAACAAAAGCUGAUACUUACCAUGCAGAUUGGAAGGAAAUAAAAUCCAAACAGAUGAUCUGUAAUUGAAGUAAGAGUUUUUACUGGCAUAGCUUGGAAAGUACAUUACUGGUAACAAGCUUCAUAUCAGCAAAACUGGUAGCUAGGGUUCAAUAGCUGCUCUCUUUCUUAAAGCAGAGGUGCAUCCUGAUCCUGCAGUCUCUAAUCCCCAGCAGAAAGGCUGGUCUUUUUGAUUCAGGCACGUUGUGGACCAGGGGCUGCCCUAUCCACCAGCCACACCUUUUGUUACAGCUGAGCAAAGUGCGAAUGUCCUUCCAGUGGUUGUCAAAGUCAAUCUGUAACAGGAGAGUAGAGCGUGUCCAACAGCUUAGCAGAAAAGCAAAGCCAUGUUUGCUAAAUUGUUGUCAAUAAACAUGAUGUUCAAAAGCAAGUAUAAAUUAUUCCCCAGUCUAUUUUAAUUUUUCUGAUUAACUUGUAGCUUUGAUUUGAUUUACAUUAAUGAUUACAUUAAUUUACAUUAAUGAGUACCUUGACGGUUAAGGAAGAGAAUACAAGUUCCUAAACUAAGGCUAAAAUACAGACAUGGAAGAGUGGCAUAAGUAAAGUGGAAGCUGAAAUUGUCUGUUAGUUGAGAAGCAAGUAAAUUUUUAUUAUCCAUAAAAUAAACUUUUUAGCCUUGUAGUGGCUAUUUGAGAAGGGUUAAUUAAAAUGCUGUAUAUGCUUAGAGGCCAAUUUUGAGGGCUUUUUUUUUGUGGCAAGUAUCCCCUUGCAAAAUUGUUGCAGUGCAUCUAUUUCAUGCAUGUUUGCCUAAAAACACAAAAACAAAUAGAUUUUUUUUCUAUGGAUUGCUGUGUAUGCAUCUGGCAAACACUUGUUUAUGGUGGGAAGAGGAGGAGGGUUUGAUAGCUGGUGGGUUAGCAUAUUUAUGUGAAUUACUUAAAGCAUUGGUAAACUAUUGUCAACUUUGUUCACAUUGCACAAGAUACUCUGUGUAGUCUACUGCUGGCAUUAUAACCUCAGUGAUCCAUGCAUAUUCUGUAAAUUCCUGUAGGUUUUGUGUAAGAAGCCUUGUCACCAUUGCUUACUACUGUAAAUUGUUUUGAAGCAAGAGGUGGCAUUUGGUUGUACAGCCAUGUGUAUUUUAUACUACAACAGUACCUGUUCUCUCCUCAAAACUUGCUGUUCACAUAUAGGUAAAAGGUUUGUUAAGCACGCUUAGUGGUUUCAGAAUUUAUUUCAAACAGCAGAUAUAUAAGCCAUUUGCAGGAAUAUUAAAUGUAAGAGAAUUCAACCCAGCUCAUACCCUUUUGGGGGCUGGAUUUUAGCAAACAACAGGCAGCUGCAGUUUAGCACGUUUCGUGCCAGAUAUGCAGUGUGUGCUUUUUAACUGCAUCAGUGCCAGGACAGAAACCCAUCUCUAAGGGUAUGCACGGGAUAAAGCACUGCCUUUGUAUUGUGUCCUUGUCCCCAGCCACCAUGGGUUUUAUGUGUGGCAGUGUUUUAAGGAGAAUUUAAUUAUUUGUCUGUUUAUGGAGAUAGAAAAAUAAUCCGAAUUCUUGGAUGCUGGAUUAUUUUUUAUUACUAUUUUAUGAUAUACAACAAAGACCCGAAAAUGUGUGUGUGUUCUUUGCUGGUUUCUGACAUUCAAGUCCUGUCUAGACUGAAAGACAGUAAUGAGAAAAGUGAAACAAGUGGGAAAGUUGAAGGGGAUAAUUACUUUGAUUAUUUUAAAUUCUGUGUUUUAUAUGUUUUUAUUGAUUGUUUAAAUGUGUAGGUUAAUGUUUUGAAUAAAGGCAGUCUUUGUUAAUGACUUUGCACCUUCACCCUUUCACACUGAGUACUUUCAAUAAAUGUUCCUGAUGCUUCCAAGCCAGUGUGUAGAUAAAUUCCCUCUAAGAUAAAAAAAAAAAAAAAAAAGUUUCUACUAUUAUUUCAGCCCUUAAAAAAAACAAAAAACAACAUGGGAAUCCCAGUCUCAAGUAUUUGCAGGUCACAUCUGAACGAUUAGGCAGGUGUGUUUUAGAAAAAGAAUAAUUUUCAAUAUCAGAAAUGAAACUAAUGUUCACACUCCAGUCUCUGGAAGGAAAGGAAACCUCAGCUGUUUUCCAAACCAGCACAAAUUAAAUUUAUCAAUAUAAAUAUUAACAUAGAAAAUACAUUUUAAACUUGAUACUGCCUCUGACCUUAAGCAUUAAUACUGAUAAGACUGGGGGUCUCACAAAUGUUGUGUAUUUCCAAACACCUGUAUUUCUCCUCAGUGUGUGCUUCACUAUCAGCAUCUACUGGAGAGAGUGAAUACAUGCCAUGCCAAAAUUGCUCAAAAGCAUAGAGAUAACAAAUUCCCACAACAUCAUAAAUACACUGACGUGUGCAUGUUGAUUUGAUUUACAUUAAUGAUAAUGUAAUGAUAAUUGGAUGAGUAACCACUCCAACUGUGAACUUCUCCAGACCUUAAGUGAAACAUUUACAAGCAGCCUCUGGGAUGGGUUCAGAAGGCCAGUAGUCUGAAAGGUUCAACACGCUGCCCAGCUCAUAAAACCAAGGUCAUAAAAUCUAGUCUCACUGUUUUAUCUUUUAAAUGAUCCUUGUGAGACUGGUGAGCUUGCAAGGAUUGUGUGCAUCACUAACCAAAAAGUUUAUCUGGUUUGGAGCCUCAGACAAGGCUGACAGGCUGUGUUUUGUAAUGGUAAUAUAUUCUACCACAUCAGGCAUGUUUCUGCUCCAAACUGCGGCCUGAUUCAUCCUACCUUAAUUUCAGCUGCUUAAAAAUUGCCAGCCUACGUCUAUUCUGUAAGUCAGAGGUGGAACAGAAGAGGAUAUGCCUCUGGAAGAUUUCCCUCUCCACUGGUGAAACCUGCAUGCUUUUAACUGCCUAGAAUUAGGUGGAAUGAAUCCAAGCUUCACAUCCCUGUAUCAGUUGCACUCUCACUCUUUGCCUGCACUGAUUCAUUCAUUGAAAACAACACAGGAUGAAACCAUUGCACAGAGGAAUCAACACCAGACAUAUGAUGCUUUUAAAUUAAGCCUCUGAGACUGUAACAAAGAUACUAAUGUUCAUACAUUUCUUGGGAUGGCUAAAGAUUCCUUUCCUGGGAGCUUUAAGGAAUAAAUCUAGAAGAUCCUCAGGAUUGUGAGAAUGCAGGUAGUAAUGGCAGUUUAUGGUGGGGAUUUUUUGUAAACGUUUAGUACAUCUAUAUGAUUUCACAUGCUGGUUUGGAAACGAGGAGGUCUUUGCAUCAGUGUUACUGUGGGUUAGCAAAGUAAAUUUACAGCAGGUUCCACCUCAGGGCUUCAGUGAACAUCUGCGUUAUUCUAGUCUAACUUGAAUACGUUUCUUAACUGCUGGUACGAAAUCAUAAGCAGUUGUACUGAUUCUUGCUGAAAGCUGAGGAACAGUUGAAGAUUAAAAGUUGCACCCUGUCACCUUUAUGAAGAGUCCACAUUCUCACAGCUGGGCCUGAGACAGCAGCUGAAGUUGCCAUAUAACUUCAUCACACAAAAGUGGGUGUAAUUUUUUUUGUGAGUUUUAACAGGAGUGGUAUUUAUACAUUUGCUUUAUUUCCCAAACUGUAAGUCAUUCUGUGUUGAAAAUUAUACACAUCUGGUGUAGCUAUGAAUAGAAGAAUUGAGGAUUUUUUUUUCCAAUAUGGUAGUACAAUCCCUGCUCUGCUGUUCAAUAUUUCAAGUGCUGAACUUGACCAAAACUUUACAUUCACGGAUUAUCUUAGCCUCAUCUCUGCGUGAAGAUGGGUGUGAAUUUCCAGUGACUGACUGUGGGUUCUCAGUGAAUUCUGGGCCACAGGUAAACAGUUGUAGUGGGGAAAACUGCUGUGGCAGCCACUUCCCACUUUUUGACAACUCUUCAGGUGGAUAAAGCCAUUCUGUCUGUUGUCUGACACGCAUCCAGUUUUCUCAGUGGAUCACCAUGUUCUUGAGUAUCUUGAUGGGUAUUGUCAUCUAAUGGAGGAAAGGUGAGCAAGGUCACCACCCAGGAAAAGUAGAAACAUAUCUUCUCCAGCAAUCAUUUAUUUUUAAUACUUAACUUUCCAUUAACAUUGGCAUCUUCAGUUACUAUUUUGCUAUUCAGUAUCUCAAGGUGGUAUGAGCAAAAAUAUACGAGCAUAUACAAUUUACAACAAAUACAGGCUUGUAUAUCAUGCCUUUGUAAUUCAGCUUCAGUAUCUAUAAGCUACAAGUAGACUAACUUCUUCCCUCUUGGAGUGUUCUUUACUAGAAAUACAAAUAUUUACUUUAAAAAUAGCAGCUGAUGGCUUCAUUCAUGCUGGCUGUUUUGAAUCUUCUGGGGCUAACCUUUAUGUUUUCCCCAGGUGAAAAUACCAUAGGAUACUUACCAGACAUAAGCACAAUGACAUGUCACUGCAGUGCAUGCCAUCGCUUAGCCUCACUCUUAACAUGUACUUGCAUGCUGGAAAUUCAAAAAUGCUGCUGUAUAAAUUGCUGCAUGGUUUACCCAAUACAAGUGUUUUUCUGCAUCCCUUUUUUGCUCGAAAUUCCCAUUAACUUGAAAGUUAGUGAUGGCUUGAAAAAAGGGGUUUGGAGCACAAAGGAUGCAGGGAUCAACUCUACAGUAGUUUACAGACUGCUGUAAAUUCAUGUCUUCUCAGCAAAGAAAUGUAGCAUUUUAGCAGUAACUUCCUAGUAGAAACACUGAGCGUGCUUAUCACUUUUAAGAUUUUAAGGACUGUGUAAUUGUAUCUCAUUUAAUUUUGACACUUAACCAGUAAUAUUCAAUGAGCUGUGAACUUUGGUCAUAUCUACAUGUUCAGCCAACGCAGCACUGAAAGGGGAACAGCCAUGUUUUAGUAUUGUAGUUACAUAAGAAAUCAGUUUUCAAGUUCUGUUUUGAUUUUGUUUCUUUAACUUGUUUUCACCACAGAAGUAUUUUUCUACAUGGUCACCUGAGGCUUCCUUUCGCCAACCAAAACACUGUAGCCUUCUGCACUGUGAAAGGGCCUUGCGCUUGCCCAGUAAAUCAGAAAUUUCAUCCAAGCCAUAAAAUCCUCUUAUGUUAUCUGUGUUUAUGUAAUUAAAGCAACUGGGGAUAGGAGCUUCAGGAAUAACGAGGCCUCUCUACCUUCCAUUUUACUCUCUCUCUGUACUUCACAGGGAUUCGAGAGUUCUUUUUUCGAGGCUCAGCUGUGUCUUUUUGAACCUGUGCAGUCUGUGUGAUUCAGUUUAUGGAGAUAGCAUUGGAGCAUGAAGAUUUACAUGUGGUAGCAAGGAGUAAUUGCAUGUCUCUGUGGACAUGGACACUUGCAAACAAGUCUGAUACCAAGAAUUUAAAAAAAUAAAAUCCAGAUGGUACCAGCAGAUCAGACUCUCUACUACAGUGGGGUUUUUUUUAGCUUUUGUCAUUUGUAUUUCAUUUUGCAGGAGAUGAGUUGGGGAAUCUCAGUUCUCAUGGGGAAUUUUAGAAAUGUAUCACUCAACAAUCAUAAAGUCUAACUUCAAAAUGCACUAUGAUUUAUUACAAAAAUAUAUCUGCUUCUGUUUGCCAACAUGGUUGUUCCAUUUGUGAUAAGUUAAACUCAGCAGUUAAUUUGUUGCACUGCCUAGCUGCAUGAAUUCAUCCAGUGUACGUAUGUACCUGUGCAGCAUUACUUUGAGUUUUGUAUUUGAAUUUGCAGUAUUAUUUUUGUAUUUUACUUUGCUUCUGUUAUUGCAAUUGUAGUAAACAUAAUUUAUACAUAUGAUUUUACAACUGUUUUGCAACUGAAAAGUCUUCUUUAAAUUGUAAAAUUUUAUUGAUGGAUACUCAUUAAAAUGGUAUAAGAAUUA